AUGGUUUCUGCCUCAAAGUGCUGUUACAACGCCGUCCAGAUCUUGAAGAAAAGCAGGAAAGUUGUUGAGAAAGGUAUUGCCAUCUGCAUGAACAUAGGAAAUAGCUGGAAAACUAUUCGACUUAUGCCAAGAAUUUUUGAGCAAGCAGAAAUGGUGAAGAGAUUGGAGGAGCUGGAGCAACAAGAGAUACGAAAUUGUAAACUUGACAGUUUAUUUGGUACAGAUGCAAGUAUCGACAGAGAGGAACCUCUUCCUCCUCUUCCACAUCCACAGAAACAGCAAAUGAUGAGUCUUCAUCCCCUUCCUUCGUUACAAAAAGAAGAAGAAGCCGGUAUCUAUGUUGCAGAUAUAGUUGAACUUCCAACAAAAAAGAUUAAACCAUCUGUCUUAACUACAACUGGUUUUGCCAAUAUGCCAUCUACAGCUGAAGCUAGUGUAUCCUCCAAAGCCGAGCUGUCCACGGGUUAA